AUGACCACUCUAUCAUCCUCCAUCCACAGCGAUGACAAUAUCAGACACCUCGACCAGUCUUCACAUUCACCAAAGACCGGCACCGGUCUGACCGACUCGACGCACAGCAGUAGCAAUGGUAGCGCCUCAACGAGCAGCAGUGCGGAACGGUAUCGACUGGACGAGUUUGAUACAAGCCCAAUCUUGCUAUACAAAUACCGAGGUGGACUGAGCACAUCAUCCCAGAAAGACCUGUGCGCAUGGUUGGACAAAGACCCAAGCCAUCGCGUUACCAGAAAGCCUUUACCAAGAUACACCUCCUUCCUCGACAUCAAGCGUCAUGACCUCUACCUACCCUCCGAGCGCACCGCCUAUGCUGAUCUUCCCAACUAUGAUUCAUCGCUCGCCUCUGUCAAGGUGCCCAUGGGUGCUUACCUUUCGCGCAUCCUAGGCCGAGGUAGCUAUGAAGACUUGUUCAUCGUCAGCCCUGAAUCCUCAGACCUGAGCGCUGGAAGCAGCCCGACAAGCCCUGUUGAGAAUACAUCAAAUUAA